CUGACAGCUGAUUUGAGGUACACAAAGCAGUAUAACUCUCAGGCAUACAAAAUUGCUUGCAGUAAUAAAGAUAAUUUAUAUGGUAACAAAUAAUUUCUUCAGGUGAUGCAAUUACUUGCAAGUAUUAAGCAAUAAACAGUGAUAAAUCUUGGGGCAUCAGGCUAUAACAGGAUUUGUCAUUAGGAGGUAUUGAGAAACGUGCCUAACAGCAAGUCUCCAGAGAACUUAGAAUUUUUAGAAAAUGGUGACUAUGAGGGACUGGGAUUUUAUAAUUAACAUGGAAUCGUAAGAAGGUUGCAAGCAAAAAUCCAUAAAGAUACUAAACCAAACAGUUUUAGUCCAGUGUUUUAAAAUUGCCUUCUGUUACCAUGGAUCAGGGCGCAGAGUAGGUCUGAAGGAAGUACGAAGCACAUCUUUUGAGUACAUAUGUUAUGCUACAGCAAGAACUGCAUCUUCUGACCUUUUCAUUCUCUGAGUUACUCAGAGAAGACUUCAAGCUGGUUUCUUAGGUUACUUGGUGAUCAUCACUGCAUAUGGACUGUAUACCAGUUACUGAGUCUUUUCCAGUUGAUGUGAUCCAGGAAAACUAUGUCCGUAAUGUGAGAAACUGCAUUUUUUCAAUUGUCUAUCCUACACCUUUUAAAUCGAGAGUUCGUCUUGUAGCUGUUUCAGAGGAAGUUCUUGAAAAUAUUUUGGAUCUUGAUAGAUCUGUCAAAGGAACAUCUGAUUUUCUUCAGUUUGUCAGUGGUGGGAAAGUGCUGCUUGGGUCAGUUCCAUUGGCCCAUAGGUAUGGGGGUCAUCAGUUUGGUAGCUGGGCAGGUCAGCUGGGUGAUGGAAGAGCCCACUUGAUGGGAGUAUAUACAAACAGGCACGGUGAGAGGUGGGAACUACAGUUAAAAGGGUCAGGAAAGACCCCAUACUCCAGGAAUGGUGAUGGAAGAGCUGUGCUUCGCUCUUCCCUGAGAGAAUUUUUGUGUAGUGAGGCCAUGCACUAUCUUGGAAUUCCUACAAGCAGAGCUGCUAGCUUAGUUGUAAGUGAUGAUGAUGUGUGGAGAGAUCAGUUUUACAAUGGAAAUAUUAAGAAAGAAAGAGGUGCAAUAGUGCUGCGUCUUGCCAAAUCAUGGUUUCGUAUAGGAUCCUUAGAAAUCUUAGCGCAUUCUGGGGAACUGGACUUACAAAGAAGAUUGCUAGACUUCAUCAUUCAGGAACAUUUUCCAUCAAUAGCCAUGAAUGAUUCAAAUAGAUAUCUGGAAUUUUUCUCUACAGUCGUAUCAGAGACUGCAAAUCUGAUUGCAUUGUGGAUGUCUGUGGGGUUUGCACACGGUGUGUGCAAUACAGAUAACUUCAGUUUAUUAUCCAUAACAAUAGAUUAUGGUCCAUUUGGAUUUAUGGACUCCUAUGACCCAAAUUUUGUUCCAAACACAUCUGAUGAUGAAAAGAGGUAUAAAAUAGGAAACCAGGCAAAUGUUGGACUGUUUAAUCUGAGCAAGCUGUUACAAGCUCUAAAACCUUUACUGGAUCCCAGGCAAAAGCAGCUAGCUUCCCAGAUUUUGGAGGGAUAUGGUGAGCACUAUUACAGCCGUUUCACAGAACUAUUCAAAACAAAAUUGGGUUUUCUUGGGGAGAAUGAGGAUGACAGCUAUUUGAUUGCUUUCCUACUAAAACUUAUGGAAGAUACAAAGGCUGAUUUUACAAUGACAUUUCGACAUCUCAGUGAAAUUACUGAAGAUGAGCUAAAGGAGCUCCAUAUACCUGAGGAGUUCUGGGCUCUACAGGAUCUGGCUAAACACAAGUUAUUUUCAGAAUGGGUUACUAUGUACCUCUUGAGAUUAAAUCGUAACAAGGGUGAUUCAGAUACCAAGAGAAGAACAAGAAUGACAACUGUUAACCCUAGAUACAUACUUAGGAAUUGGAUGGCAGAAUCAGCAGUGCAAAAAGCUCAUUUGAAUGAUUUCUCGGAGGUUCAUCUACUACAGCAGAUUUUACAACAUCCCUUCCAGAAACAGCAGGCUGCAGAGAAAGCAGGCUACUCCCUGCGGCCCCCAGUUUGGGCCAAGGAUCUUAAAGUAAGCUGCUCGUCCUGAGGGAAAUUUGAACAAGCAAGAAAACUGAUCAAGGUCAAAGCUCAGGCCUUCAAAUAGGAUUAAUGGAUCAAGCCACAGGAGCUUCUCUCCUUAUACUUUGUGGACUGGAAUCUACUGCUCUGCAAGAAAAGGUCUUGACCAAAUUUAUAAAGCCUAAAGAUUAAAGACCCCUAUGUAUGGUUGCAUCAGCAAAUUAUAUUGGCAUUUAUAACUCUACCUUUCAUAUUCAGUUGUGCAUUAAUUUGAGUCCCAGUAUUUAAGUUAUGUCACACUGUCACCCUUAACGUCUCAGAAUUCAUGGCUGAUCAGGUGGGUUUCAAUAUUUUAAUGUCUGGUCAGUUUAAAAUCCAUCUAAGUGAGUUUUAAUUAUACGUUAUUUUAAUUAAUGUUCUCCUUGCUGUUACACACUGUUCAAAUAUAAUUGUAUGCUGAAGACAUAAAUGUUCUUAAGUCUUUUGCAGAGUUGGAACAGAGGAUCACCUUACACUUAGAUCUGGCCACCUUUCCUCUUUUUGACCUUGUUUUGUCCCAUUAAACUGCCAACAAACAUUAAAGGAAAUUCAAUUUAAAUAGUGAGAAAAGGUGUCUGCUUGGGAGUGGCUUGCCCCAAAAUAAAUUUUGGUGUCUGUGCCAGUGUCAGGUGCCUAUCAAGCCUGGCUCACUACUCUUUGAAAGCGUACCUUUUGUUAUCAGUAGAGAGAUUGUUGGUACAUGGAUAUAAUGCCUAGGGAAAUUUUCACUGGUUGGACAUGGAAAAAGAAUUUCUUGGAAGUAUCUCACUAUGUAUGUAGUCGGGUCAAUAUGCUUUUUGUAUGCAACUACCUGAUACUGUAAGGGACUAACAGAAAUCUUGCAGGGAAAGUAUUUAAAAUUCAACUGAACCUGUUCCAUUGAAGUCCUCUGCGUAACAGAGACAGUAGUCUUUUGAGUCCUGGAUCUUAUUUAUCCUUGUUUGAUACUAAACAAAACUUAGUAUGUAAUUAAGCCAAAUCUAAUACAUAAGCAAUCAGGUCCAACGUUAUGCUAGAAAAUGUACAGCAAAAAUAACUGAUUUGGGGGUUUUGUUACUUCUUAAUGUUACCUUGUCUCUUCUCAAAUCCAAAAUGGAUUGAUCUGUUAUCUUCAAAUUUCUUGAGUGCCGCUUGAUUCUGAAAUAGAGGCUAUUAAGUGGUGUAAUUAACAUUUCACAAAUCUAUUUCUAGAAAUAUAAUUAAUGUGGAAAAAAUCUGUAUUAUUAUAAAUCUUCAGUGACUACAAAAUAUUUGAAUGCCUUUACUUCUUAACUAUAAUCAACACAAUUAUUCAGGAUGGUUUUCCCUCAGAUAUGCAACUGUUCAAAUAUAAAUACAGUUGUUCAUAUGUAAAUAGAAGUAUCAUAUGGUGAGAACAAGGUUUCUGAAAGUCCAGUCAGAAGAUUAAGCAAUUUACACAAGUUCAGCCUGGGUUAACUUUCCUUGUGCAGGUAGUAAAUGCUCUUCUGCCACCACUGGGAUUAGUGUUUGUGCUGGCAACACCUCCAGGUACGAGUGGGCUGCUGGGGAUGCCUGUAGAAGCCCUUCAGAAGCAGGCUGCACUCCCAACUGAUGGAAACAGUGGUGUUGAUGUCUCUUCUCAGAUAAUUGCAAGCAAAAUAGCGUGUUGUGAUGAAAUGUGUGAACAUCAAUGUUACCAGCUGCAGUGGAAUGAGGUGAUGACUUGAAGAUUAACAUAUUUGUGCCCACAUGGUAAAUACAGCAGCUUGGGCCCUGGUUUCCAAUUAGGUGAAAGGAAAGAAUCUCAUUUGUGUUGAAACAAACAUCUAGUAAGUUUCUUUUGUGUGGGGGCCAAACAUGGCUAAUGGAAUUUAACCUCAUGGAAUAAUUGCAUAAAUACAAAGCAUUUUUAUACUGCUUUUUUCUUCAAAGUGUUUUAUAAAUGUUAAAUCCUUUUAGUAACAGUAGUUAAUGGACCUCUGCUUCACCCAUAGUUAAAGGCAGAGAAAGCCUCCAGCAUUAUGAUACAAAACCAGAAUAUCCCCGAUGGGAGCUAUUUUACAAGCAGUGAUAUAUGUACUGCCCAGUGUGCUCAUUGUGAGGCUUUUCUCAGGUUCUUGAAAAACAUCUGAAAGAAUAAAGCAAGCCCUGAAAAUUGGUUUCACAUAUUCCUCUGACUGCAGAGAGUAGGUCAGCUACUUCUCUUCUCCAGUUCAUUCACAGACUCAGUCAUGCCCCCUUUCCUUGAUUUAUGUGAAAGCAAAUCUCCAUUUUUUCCCCCCUAGUUUUACCAUGCAGCGUACAUCAGCUGCUUUUAGAAAUGAUAGUCCAAUUUCAUGUCAGCGCUGAUUGCUAAUGGCAAACUGCCGUAGAAUAUUCUGCAAGACCAUGAGAAUUCAUAACUAUUAACGACACUGAAUCUCUUCUGUUCUGCAUGUUGCCCUCAAAAGGAAUAUACGUUUCCCAGUUACUGUGAGACUGUCAGCGAUAAGUCAUAAAUAGUUCUGUCCUGUAAUUUUGCCACAUUAUCAAGUUUCUACUUUGCCACUCUCAAAGUCCCUGACAAAUAGUGCGUGAAAAACACAUGGUUACCUCAACGCUACCUUUUAAUGGUGUUUUGUAAAAGUAGAGAAAUGAGCCCACAUCAUACUCAGCAUUUUGUACAACCUCCCUUUGCACUUCUAAGUUUUAAUCAUUAUGGUUUUUCAUGACGAUGUAAGCAUUAAUAUGCUGUUUCGUCAUGUAUUCCCUAAAAUCCUUGUCUUCCACCUGUGGUUCUGGAGUUGCAUCUUCCUUCAUGCUACAUAAUAAACACAGCAGUGAUGGAAGAGCUUAUGGGGAAUAAAAAUCCUGUGGCUGGUAAGCAAAAAGGCGUUUCUUUGUACUCUCAUCCUCUUUCUGUAGCAGAGGAUGGUUACGAGGGGCAGCAGUGUUGACCCUCUGCAUGUGGACCUCUCCAUGACUGUAACCUUUCUAACCCUAAGGAUGGUGUUUGCCCAAAGGAGGUCCUUUUUGGUAUCAGUGAUGCAAGAAUCUGAUGAAGAUGACAGCUACUGAGACUGCUUCCAUUUGAGGUAUGGAGAAGGGUUGAAAAUAGCAUGCUGCAAUUUAAGGUAUUUUCAGGCUAAAAUACUGUAAUCUCUAGUAACAAACAUACUACUGCAAUCUACAGGAAUAAGGUUUCAUAUGGCAAUAGGUUAGAUGUGGAAGGAUUCAUUUCUGGUUUUUAUAAAUGCUUUGAUUUACAGUCUUGGAAAGGAAGAUCUUUCUGUAUUUUGCAGCAUAAUUUUUGUACUGAAUAAAGCCAGAUAAUUGUGUAUCAUUAA